CCCAAAACCAUUUGUUGACAGAAGCAGCCUUAGUUAUCUUGCUUCAACUAACCACAGUUGGAGGGAGUCUGGAGAUAUUUUCUUUGUUAUGCAGCUGAAAACCAAGAAAUCCAGAACACAAAGAUUAACAAUCCUUAGUUGCUAAAUGGGAUCCUAUGCAGUUCUUUCACCCUGUCAACUCUCUGUUUGCUCUCCAAAGUCCAACUGGAACAAAGCUUAUCCUUCUUGGCCAUGCAAGAAGCUAAGAACAGCACAAUCAACACGGUUGCGCUGCCAAAAGAUGUAUGUUCCUGGGUUUGGAGAAGCAUCACCGGAGGCCAAGGCGGCAAAAAAUCUGCAUAAUUUCUUUACUUAUGUUGCCGUUAGGAUUGUCACUGCACAGCUUCAGAGCUAUAACCCUGAAGCUUAUGAAGAGUUAAUGGGAUUUCUGAGUAGGCACUCCUUGAACGAUGGUGACGAGUUCUGUGCAAACUUGAUGCGUGAAUCUUCAAGGCAUAAAAGUUUAGCUCUGCGCAUCUUGGAGGUUCGAUCUGCAUAUUGUAAAAAUGAUUUUGAAUGGGACAACUUGCAGCGGCUUGCACACAAGAUGGUUGGUGACUCUAACACAAGGCUCAUGAGAGAUUAUAUUCGGGAAACCACUCAUGUGGAUAGAGAAAGUGAGAAGUGACCAAACCUUGCAAUUUAGUACUUUAUAUAUGUCUAAAUGGAGGCUUAUAUAUGAAGGCAAU